CAGAAUCGAGUGCGCGUUUCUGGGAGAGAUCGUUAUCAAGGGAAAAAAGGAGAAAUUAUGGAAAAACUAAGCAAAACUGCGUGACAUUGUUGAUUUUUUUUGGCACAGACGGAGUUUUUUGGGAAGAGUUAAAUCGGUUGUGAAAGGAAGAAAUGAAAUAUCAGAGAAGAUUUUUUAAGCAGUAUAGACUUUUAAAUAUUUUUUUCUGCUGUUUUGAGAAUUAAGCGGGACUCUACAGGACAGGACAUUACAGCCGGCUAAAGGAUACAUACAAACCUACUACACUAACGCGCGUGUUUUUUUUUAUCCUCCGCAGUGGAAAAGGCUCGAUCCAGCCCCCAAACUACCCCCUCCCCUUUCCAAACACACACACACACACACACACACACACACACAGCAAGAGUCUGGGAUUUCAGAGAGAGAGAGAGAGAGAGCGAGAGAAGCAAUGCAGUUCUGUGAGCAGAGAGACGGCGGGGUUUUCUGCAGCUUCAGCUCCAUAUCUAUCUACACACGCUUUUAAGCAAAAAGCGCGUUUUUUUGUUGAUUUCUGCUUAAAUCGCUUCUGCGCAGCGUUUCUGCAUCUACGUUACGGUUUUUUCCAGCGUUACCUUUCCUCUUACCGACUGUUUGGCGUUUUUCUCCCGCUUAAUCUGAUCGCAGAUUUCGCUUGACGCCAUUUUUCGCCGAUAAACUCCGUCUUUUUCAUUAUUUUCCCAAAUGCAUCGCUCAGUUUGACGGAUUGCAAACUUGCCCCUGGUCCCGCUGUUGAUCGUCUUCAUGUCACUGGAUGGAUUUUCUUUUAACUGCGUGACCAGCAGCUUCGGAAAUGGUUUCACUCCAGGAAAUCUGCACCUUUGCGAGAUUCGUACGAUUCAGGAAGCAAUAGAAUCAAGAGCCAUCGAGUCCCUGUCUGACUGAACACGAGCCACUGUGACUGGUGCCCCCCUUCGUCCUCCUCGGCUCCUUCCCGGUUCCUCUGUGUUGAACCUGAGCCUUGGAAUCGUUGAUGGAUCAAAGGGACCUCACUCGCCCCGUGCAGUCCAAGGGCAACGAGGAGUUCUACUCCACCGUCACCACCAUCAACCAGGCCGACCUCACCGAGGUGGGCCUUUUGGCCGGCCCUGUGAAGGGUCUGGACCUGCCCGGGGAGCAGCAGGAACAUGAGGAGGAGGAGGACCUGGGCCUGGGGAAGGACGUGGACGUCACCUCCAACGCCGACAGCGAAAAAUGGGUGCAGAAUGACGGGCUGGAGGAGCAGGAAUUCUCCAUCAAGGAGGCCAGCUUCUCUGAGGGCAGCUUGAAACUGAAGAUCCAAACCACCAAGCGGGCCAAGAAGCCCCCCAAGAACCUGGAGAACUACAUCUGUCCCCCCGAGAUCCGCAUCACCAUCAAACAGCCUGGGGAGUCGAAGAACAACAGACAUGCCAAGAGCGGCAAAGGAGGGAAGGAGAAGGAGAAGGAGGAAGAGAGAGGGCCUCCCAGAAAGAGGACCUACGAGAGGACAUACAGACAUAUGACCCAGAAUGAAAGCAAAGUGACGGAUGUCCUUGGGGAGAGCACAAGACCAAAGCAUGAGCCCAAAAACAACGACAUUCACCAACAGGAUUGGACAAAGCCAAUAUUAAGAGAGUCGGCAUCCCAGGGGGACCAUGGGAGAGAUCCGGAAUCAAAACAAGAAUCAACAUGCAUUAACAAGAGCCUUCUGUCAGAGGUCAACACCUCCUUCUCAAAGCCGCAGGUUAAAAAGGUCGCAGAGGGGUCUUCUGGAAGUAUGUUUGCCUCGGGAAUGACUUGUCCAGGUUCUGACUCACAGGCAUCUUCACCAGCUGAUAUAACACUGGGUCCACCAGCAGACUCAAAUCCACUGAUUUAUUCCUCUGUCAGCAACGACAGGGGUUUGCAAAAGGUCACAGAACAAGUUUUCGGGAAUAUCAAGCGGAAGUACGGCAGGAGGGAUACAAUGGGGGCUCUGACCACCCAUAAUGUGGAUCUGCUGUGGGCCAAAAAGAUUGACAAGGAGGGCGAGAGCCCAGCUCAAGACGUUACCAAGAAUAAACAACUGUACAACACUGACAAAAGCGAGACUCCAAGAGACGAGGCAGAAAAAUCAACAAAGAGAGCAGAGGACGAUGCCAAGACAAGUCAAGUGUCAAGUUGUGUUCCACACCACACAGAAGAACCUAAAGGCCGGAAAAAGAAAAGCAAAAAAGUAACUGAAAAUAAUGUCCCUGUGGAAGAUUUACAAACAAAUAAAGCAGAAAUAAAGGACAAUUGCGAUCUGGCUGCUGCAAGACCUACAAAGGUGGCAAACAAAAUGGAGUUAAGUACAGCAAAGCAAUUUGGAGCAGAUUUAUGGAAGCCUGAAGAAGAAAGUCCAGUUUUAAUAACAAACAUGGAGAUGGCUGAGAAUAGACACAGGAAGAACCUGUUGGGAAGACCAAGAUCAAUGUCUGAUCCAGAGAAGGAAGCAGAAGGGAGGCAAUCAAAAGUCAAGGACAGAUGGUCUUAUUUGAAAUCCAAGAGCUCUGCAGCUCCCCGUAAAGACAUUAAUCCGGUGAUGCCUAUUGAAGAGCCACCCUCUGCUUUCCCUAUUACACCCUCCAGCCCACUGUACACCAACACCAACAGCCUGACCGUCAUCACCCCCGUCAAGAAGAAACGGGGAAGGCCCAAAAAGCAACCACUGCUUACCGUUGAAACAAUUCAUGAGGGAACAGCAACAAGUCCAGUUAGUCCUAUCAACCAAGACUCAUCAAGCACUUCAAAGAGAAGGAGGAAGAAGCAUAAUCUCUCCAAACUGGUGCAAUUAGCCUUAAACAAAUCCCCCAAUGCACAACAAUUGAAGCUCAAGAAAACAGGCCAGGUCGGUGUACUCAAAAAGAGAACAGCUAAGAAAAUGAAACUGGUGAAAAUGCAAAGCAUUUUGAACGAACUUUUGUCCUCCUCUAGCAGCAGCAAUCUUGGUGUCAAGCCCAAUGUUCCAGGUACCAGUGCCAUGUCAACCGUGGCAUCGACAAUCGAGGCCCGUCUAGGCAAGCAAAUCAACGUCAGCAAGCGCGGGACUAUUUAUAUCGGCAAAAAACGAGGGAGGAAGCCCAGAGCGGAGUUGCAGGCCCAGCAAGAUGAGCACAAAGCCAGUGACGAGCACUUGUUGCCAGUUUCCAGUCAGUAUGAGAACCUUCUAGUGCCUUCUAAUCCAUCCCCCAUAACCAGAAUGCCUUCUCCCAGGGUCAUGCAGUCUCUCUCUGCUCAAUCCUUAGCAGGUGGGGUGGCACACCAAGUCGCCACGGAAACCAGCCAGCAUGACCUGAAGACCAUGCCAAAUCUACAGCCUAUCAGUGCAUUGCCCACAAAAACUCAGAAGGGCUUGCUCAGCAGUAAUUGGAAGCUCUCUCCUCCAAGACUUAUGGCCAACUCGCCAUCUCAUCUGUCAGAAGUGGCCUCCAUCAAAGAGAUCACCCUGUCUCCCGUUAGCGAGUCCCACAGUGAAGAGACAAUCCCAAGCGAUAGUGGCAUUGGCACCGACAACAACAGCACAUCAGACCAGGCUGAGAAAGGCCCGGCGUCUCGCAGGAGGUACUCCUUUGAUCUUUGCAGUUUCGAGGCAACAGAGGCCGCCACGCUAGAAGCUGCGAGUAAAGCGGCUAGAGGGCACUAUCAGAAGCAUCCUACCACAGUGGCAAUGGAAAAUUUCCUCACGCAGGAGAGCCUUAAGAAGCAGAAGCAUCGGCGGAAGCGAAAGAGCCUCCCAAGUCGGGACGACCUUCAAUUCCUGGCUGACCUUGAGGAGCUCGUUAGCAAGUUCCAGGUCUUCCGAAUCUCUCAUCGCAGCUACAAAUUCUACCACGAGAACUCUUACCCCAGCAUUUUCCGCCUCAACUUCGACCAUUACUACCCUAUGCCCUACUACCCCUACGAUCCUGUGCACUAUCUUCGCAGGAGUUCAGAGAAAUCGAAGAGGAGACGUGGCAGGCCGGCCAAAUCAAACGAACCAAUAACGAAGAUGCCUUUCAUUCAAGGGUUUGGCUACCCAGUGCCUGGUGGCAAUUACUAUGCACCCUACGCGAUGCCUUACACGUCCAUGCCUCUCGCCACAAGUAUGAUGAAUAUGGGUUACUAUGGGCAAUAUCCCCCUCCUCUGUACCUGUCCCAUGCACUUGGAUCUUCAGGCUCUCAUCUUAUGCGGCCACCGGUUCCUCCGCCAAAGUUCCACUCUGGUGGGCACUCAAGCCUCUCUGCGACCAGCAGACACAGGACGAAGAGCAUGCCCCACGAGAUGCCUUCUCCCAGGAUGGGCGACCCUCAUCACUCAUCAAGCGGCUGCUUGGCAAGCGUCUGCCUCCACAAGCGCAAACAUAAGCAUAAGCACAAACACAAGGAGGAUCAGCACGCCAUCCCGCAGAGGGAAGACCUGGGUGGACUCUUUAGCGGAGCGCUGCCUCUAUCCAAACUGAAGGACAAGCAGAGGAGCCAGCAAAGUGCAGAUGUGUCUCGCAAGACCUCCAGGAACUACUUUGAAGUAGACACGCUCUCUUCGCUGUCCUUAUCCGACUCGCAGCACUGUAAACGUGCUCGAGGAGAGCCGCUCAACAACUUCCUGAACAUCUGCAGCACUACACAAUCACACGAGCGCCUGCGAGCCGGCCAGGACCGGCCACUGGACUCGUUCAAGGGGCAGCACUUACAGGAGGAGGGUCCCAGCUUCCACGGCAGGAGGCAUAGCUUGGAGGACUUUGCAGCAUACAGCGAGGGAAGCAUGGCGCCGUUCCAGCACGACAGGGAAGAGAGGGCCAAACAGAUGUACCAGCGCAGCAACUCGGCUAUAGCAGACCUGGGCUCCUACAAGAAAAGGUUCAAGCAUAACGAGAUGGAGGAGAUGCAGUGCGAGGUGCGGAAGGUGCACACCUUCUCCAAGAUCCUCACCAGCAAGAGAAGCCUGGACCAUGUCAACAAGAUCCUUAAGGUCAAGCGGCUCCAGCGGCAAGCCAAGACGGGCAACAACGUGGUGAAGAAGCGGAGGGGGAGGCCGAGGAAGCAGCCGCUGCCCGCGGAGGAGGGCUUCGGGACCCAGAUGCCCGUGCUGGAGAAGUGCGUGGACCUACCCAGCAAGAGAGGCCUCCACAGCGGCCUGGUGCCCGCCCAGCUGGAGUUCUCCAACCACGACUCCAUCACGGACGCCAUCGAGGCGGUGGUCCACCAGGCCCGGCUGCAGCCCAGGCCGCAAGUUCCGCAGGGGUCCAAGCACUGGCCCAAGGCUCAGCCAGAGGAGCAGCCGGAGCGGCCGGCGCGGAAGAGCAGAGGGAGCAGGAGGGAGGAGCCAGAUCACUAGAUCAGUGAUCAGAGAGUGAGAUUCAGUGAACAGUGCACUGUGAGUUCGACUUGCACUCCCCACACCUUGGGUUGGAUCAUUUCUAGGCUUUUUGCUUUGACAGCUGAACUACUUACAGAUCUUACUCUUCUUCAUGGGCAUUCUCUGAGGAAUCUAUAACGAUGAUGAAUGUGGUCUAAAGUGCCCCACUUUCAUUUUGUAUAUGCCAUCAGCGAAAUCUUUUAAUAUUAUUUUUUUGUUUUAUUAUUAUUUUUUUCUCUCUAUCUCUCUUUCUCUCAUGGAGAACAUUGUUGCUUGACAUUGAGCUUUUAUUCUCCCAAAGCCGAUAACUCAAAGGAUGUUGAAACUAUGGCUACAGCCAUGAUCUUACCAGCAAGUGUAAAUGAACUUUUACUAUAGUACUGUGCACUUUUUUGGGGUUUCUUUGCCUUGUUUCGGUUCUCUCAAAUCUCUCAAAGCACAGUACUUAAGAUACAGACCAAGACCAAUGUGACGAAAUUGGUCGUCAGUAAGCCCUAUACGUACAGAGACACAUGCAGUACGUAUACAUACGUACACAUACACAUAUAAACACACACACAAACACAUACACAUUCGUAUAUACACGCUUGCCUGCGCUCAGGUUUGUUCCGGGCAUGAACUAACGGCAAUACCCUUGAAUGAGACCCUUCUUAAAACUGUCCUCGAUGGCUAUAGUUGAUUGAUUGUACAUAGGAACGUAUUCUACAGACAUUUCAAAGUGAAAGUAUUUUAGAGUUACCUGUACCGUCAUCAUAUCAAAUAGACAACUGUACAAUAUUCAAAUAAUGUUUUUAACCAAAUACUAGAAAUAGAUGUGACAUACAAAAAAAAGCUUGUGUUCAAAUGGACAAAAAAAAACAUAACAUAAAACAAAAAAAAAUACAACACACAUACAGUAUUUAUUAAUCAAAUCAUAACGAAGUGGACUCGUCACAGAUCGAAGGAUUGUAUUAGACAACAGACGACCGCGUGUAAAGUCAAAACCUUCACAAACCUGUAGAGCUGUAGACGUACUCCACUCAUCAUGUUAUAUAUGGAAAAAGUUCUAUUCUUGCAUUUAAAACCAACACAGCACUUAAUCCAGGCUCCUUAUCUCCCUGCAGAUAAGGACGGGUCUAAGUACUACUCAGUGUCACUGAUUAUUUUUCUUUCAAUAACCGACCGUAUCUGGAAAAUAUUUUAGUAAUAUCAGCUGAGCGAGUUCUCCGUCAGUUACUUCGAAAAAGAACAAAAAAUAACAAAAAAAAAAAACAACAAAAAACAAAAAAAAUAAUAAAAAAAACAACUCAAACCCAGAGUAACUGAGUUGCCUUUCCCAGAGUCUAUUUGAGAAUGUGCCUGCUCUUACUAAUAAUAAAGUAAUAAUAGUAAUAUGUUGACAUGACUUGUCAGUAUUAGAUGUUCAUACAACCAAAGUUUCAGUCGAGUUGUAUUUCAUUACUUAUGGGUGGGUUUUGAGUUUAGGUGCUUGUAAAUGGCAUAAAAUGGGUGGAAUGUGUGGAUCUGAGAUGUAGAAUUCACUACUGUAUACCGUACAGAAAAAAAGCUGCCUAGAAAAAUCUUAAAAAAAAAAAAAACAGAAA